AGAAGAGACAACGGCGACCGGAAGUUGUUUAGUCUGGACGACAAAUUUGUGAGACACUUCGCCAGAAGUCACCGGUUUUCCGCGGGAAGACAACUUCGCCGAAAACCUCAUCCGACGUCCAAGUGUUUGCAUCGACAUUUAUAUAUCAAGCAUCUUAGUUCCUUACUACUACUUCUACAAGAACACAGAAUGACGUCCCACUGGGGGGAUAUGCCCGCAGUGGGGGACACUGAUUCGGCAUUUGCUAAAAUGGAACGAGACCAACUGACCAAACGUCGACCAAUGGAAAUCCAAGGCCCACGACUCUAUCAGACAUUCAGCAAGCAGUAUUCUACCUCCACCAAGCCAGCACCUCAGGAAAAGUUCCAGAUUGAUCCAUUAACGCUACAUACAAUACGUCUGCUUCAACACAUUCGGAAGAUGAAGAACCUCAUACAACAAGUGACAGUCCAACAUGAAAAUGCCAAACCUGAUGCCGAGUUGACGUUUCCUCCUGCUUUACCAGUUCCAGAAUAUUCUGGGCCAGACAGCAAACCAAAAGUCACAAAACCAUUUUCUCAUAUGCCUUACACCCGUGAGAGUGAUUUUGUCCGAGGAAUUGGCGAGGAACCACCUAUUAUCGACAGCGUAGCAUGCAGGAAACUGCUGCGACGUUCCGUGUCUGCAAUAUGUGCGCACAUUGGUUUCGAGAACUCCAAAGAAUCGUGUCUCGAGCUCAUGACCGACAUCGUCCAAGAAUACUACAGCCGCAUCAUGAAACACAUGCGGUCAGCUGUGGACAACCAACUGCUGCAUGAACAGAUCGGCUUUCCUGACGUUGUUGAGCAAGUCUUCCAUGAAUGUGGUGUCGGCAGUGUGACGGAACUCCAUGAUUUCUAUCAGAACCGCGUCCUUCGUUACCAUGACAACAUGCUACAGCAGUCGCAACAAUUGGUCUCGGAAUACGAGAAGUUGAAGCAGAGUGGUGGCCCCAAGCCAGCAGAGACCUUCACUUUGAUCAGAAUCCGAGACGAACCCAGUUCUGACAUCCAGUUCCCAGAAUUAGAAGAAAAAGACGACGUCGUGGACACUGAACACUUGCUACACCUAAAGGAUCUCACAGCGUAUGAAAUCACUGUUGAACAAGAACCAGUCACGGGCCUAACCACAGACAUAGAUUCAAAGAUUGCCUCCAACAUCAAAUCAGAAAAUGAUGUCAGGCUACCAUAUUUGGAUGUAGAAGACGGAACAGGAAAUGGUGGUAACUUGAUGACAUCAGCAGGGGGAGUACCAUCAUCGGCAAGUGGAGCCAGUGGAGGUUCAGUGGGGCCUGGCAGCGGGGGGCCUGGAGGAACUGUAGGCGGUGGUGGUGUCGGGUCAUCAAACACAAAGGAUGGCUGUUCUCAGCCACAAUCUGGAGUAACCCCUACUGGAGGGGACUGCCUGUCGGAGGCAAAUGGUUCCAACCUCUCCAUGUCAGAUAUUCUUCCACCCCUCAUCAACGCCAGAUCGAACAAGACCAGGAAACUGCUGAGUUUCCUCGACGACGACGAAGACAACAACAACAACAACAGCAGCGGCACCACCGCCGGCAGCAGCAGUUCGAAGGGACAGGACCAUCCCUGGCUGUGGCAGCCCUCAAAGCAGUCGUGUGAGCACCGCCCUUCAGCCAGUGCCACCACAAGUAGUAGUGGUGGUAGUGUUGGCAGCGCUAUCACCACGACCACCACCAAUAAUAAUAAUAAUGGUAAUAAUAAUAAUAAUAAUAACAAUGGUAAUAAUAGUAAUAAUGGUAAUAAUAACAAUAAUAAUAAUAAUAAUAAUAGUAAUAAUAAUAGUAAUAAUAAUAGUAAUAAUAAUAACAACAGCAGCAAUACUAAUUUGAAUAGCAGUAGAGGUGUCGGUAGUGGUGGUGCUAACAACAAUAGCAACAACAGCGGAGGAAGCAGUAGUGGUAAUGUUUGCAGCGGGAGUUCACUUGGCAGCAGUGGUGGUGGUGGUGGCAGCGGUAUUGGCAGUGGUGCUGCUGGUGGCAGCGGAUCCACUAGCAGCGGUAGCGGUAGUGGUAGCAGCGGAAGUGGCGGGAACCUAGCCCCGCCGUCCAUAACCCCUGCAAGGUCAUCAAAGAAGGCCAAACUGUCCAAUUACAUGGACAAUGAAGAGACUGUGAAUCUUCCCCGAGAGUCCAAGAGACAGAAAUUGCAUGAUGAUUCCAUAGCAGACAGUUCUGCAUCGACUCCACCUCCACCACCUCUGAUUCCAAUGAGAACUCCAAAGAGCAAAAAGGCAAAAUCCAAGUCUGGUCAAUCAUUCUCUCGACAGUCUGCUGCUGCAGCUAAAAAAUCCGACAAGUGAAUCCCAAAAGAUCCCAGGUUGAUAACGGAACGAAUGAGCCGACGAAUUAACAAGGGAUCAUCCCUAAGACAAUGCCAUCCAGAUAUCGGAUUGCAAAGGAGUAGGGAAAUUAGGGAUCUCCUGUGAAAGAUUUGGUGUGAAGUCCUGUUGUGAAGACAGUGAACAAAAGAAAGAAAGAAAGAAAGGGGAGUGGAUCGGACAACCACAAGGUAUCAUUGAAGAAGAAAUAAAGAAGGAUUUUAGUGAAUGGAGAAUGAAUGAGCAUUCCGCUUGGAGAAUGACUGAAACCAUUCUGUGUCCAUAUAUGGUGUUUUGGAAAUAAAAGUAUAUUUGUUGUUGC